AUGACGACGCUCUCACCUGAUACUUAUCGUCUUGUGCUGUCCGAGAACCAAAAGCUCAAGUACUUGGCCACCUCGAGCAAAAACGUAGAAGAAGAUUCUUCCCUAUUACCGAUUCAUCAACCUCUGGAGUAUGGUCAUACGCUGGUCAUGGCCGUGAGCCCCAGCGAGAUCAUAAUGGCGUUGAAGCGCCGUUCCACGUCGGAGGCUUUUGUCUGCACUCUCCAAGGCAUCGUCUUUGAGGAUGCUAAGAGACAAUACCACAGCAAGCUCACCAAGCUUGUAGCUUCUAACGCCAAUCCUCUUGGUACUCAGAGCAAUGUAUUGCUUGCCAAGAAGGCACUCCGAUAUCGCAAGGCGAUGGAAGGUCGACGUAUUGUCGCGUGA